ACCUUCCUCAUUAGCUCACCACGCACUUAACAAUUGUUCCCUUUUCCAAGUCUCGCUCUCUCUUAAACUUUCUUCCCCUCUUUCAAAAUGAAGCUUUCUUUGCGUUUGAUCUCAGCUGUUCUCCUCAUGUUCAUGAUAUUCGUUGCUUCAGGGAUGGGUCCAGUCACCGUGGAGGCACGCACGUGUGAGUCGAAGAGCCAUAAGUUCAGGGGUCUUUGUGUGAGCAGACACAACUGCGCAAAUGUGUGCCACAACGAAGGUUUUCAUGGAGGCAAAUGCCGUGGGUUCCGUCGUCGUUGCUACUGCACCAGACAUUGCUGAUCCAUCCAUCGAUCGAGACUCAUAACUCAAAAUCUUCAAUCCAUCAUCUCGUCUCAUGUUUGUUUCUUUCUAUCUAAUAUUCGUACAGUACCAUGUUGUACUGUGCUUCUGUGUGUGUUUUAUGUGUUCUUGAAUAAGUCUUUGAUUUGUGUGUU